GGAGGGAUUGCAGCCCGGCACCGGGAUAACCUUGAGGCUGGGGCGCCUGAUUCCGGCAGAGGAGCGGCGCACCCCGAGCCUGCAGGUCGACCGUGAGUUCGCAGCGCAGCCCGAGCCGGACCACGCCGGAGGAUCUCAGAAGCCAUGUCGAAACACCAUAGUGAAGUGGGAUCUGCCUUCAUUCAGACCCAGCAGCUGCAUGCAGCCAUGGCUGACACUUUCCUGGAGCACAUGUGCCGCUUGGACAUCGACUCGCCACCCAUCACAGCCCGGAACACUGGUAUCAUCUGUACCAUCGGCCCAGCUUCCCGGUCGGUGGAAACAUUGAAGGAGAUGAUUAAGUCUGGAAUGAAUGUGGCUCGUCUGAACUUCUCUCACGGAACUCAUGAGUACCAUGCAGAGACUAUUAAGAACGUGCGCACAGCCACGGAAAGCUUUGCUUCUGACCCCAUUCUCUACCGGCCGGUUGCUGUGGCCCUGGACACUAAAGGACCUGAGAUCCGAACUGGGCUUAUCAAGGGCAGCGGCACCGCUGAGGUGGAGCUGAAGAAGGGAGCCACUCUCAAGAUCACUUUGGAUAAUGCGUACAUGGAAAAGUGUGACGAGAAUAUCCUGUGGCUGGACUACAAGAACAUUUGCAAAGUGGUGGAAGUGGGCAGCAAGGUCUACGUGGAUGACGGUCUUAUCUCUCUGCAGGUGAAGCAGAAAGGUGCUGACUUCCUGGUGACGGAGGUGGAAAAUGGUGGCUUCUUGGGCAGCAAGAAGGGUGUGAACCUCCCUGGGGCUGCUGUGGACCUGCCCGCAGUGUCGGAAAAGGACAUCCAGGAUCUGAAGUUUGGGGUAGAGCAGGACGUGGAUAUGGUGUUUGCGUCUUUUAUUCGCAAGGCAGCUGAUGUCCAUGAAGUCAGGAAGGUUCUGGGAGAGAAAGGCAAGAACAUCAAGAUAAUCAGCAAAAUCGAGAAUCACGAGGGAGUCAGAAGGUUUGAUGAGAUUCUGGAGGCCAGCGAUGGGAUCAUGGUGGCUCGUGGCGAUCUGGGCAUUGAGAUUCCUGCAGAGAAGGUCUUCCUCGCUCAGAAGAUGAUGAUUGGGCGGUGCAACCGAGCUGGGAAACCUGUGAUCUGUGCCACACAGAUGCUGGAGAGCAUGAUCAAGAAGCCCCGCCCCACCCGGGCUGAGGGCAGCGAUGUGGCCAAUGCAGUCCUGGAUGGAGCAGACUGCAUCAUGCUGUCCGGAGAAACGGCCAAAGGGGACUACCCACUGGAGGCUGUGCGCAUGCAGCACCUGAUUGCCCGUGAGGCAGAGGCUGCCAUCUACCACUUGCAAUUGUUUGAGGAGCUCCGCCGCCUGGCGCCCAUUACCAGCGACCCCACAGAAGCCGCCGCCGUGGGCGCCGUGGAGGCCUCGUUCAAGUGCUGCAGUGGGGCCAUUAUCGUCCUCACCAAGUCUGGCAGGUCUGCUCACCAGGUGGCCAGGUACCGCCCCCGCGCCCCCAUCAUUGCUGUGACCCGGAACCACCAGACAGCUCGUCAGGCCCACCUGUACCGCGGUAUCUUCCCUGUGCUGUGUAAGGACCCGGUCCAGGAGGCCUGGGCCGAGGAUGUGGACCUCCGGGUGAACCUGGCCAUGAAUGUUGGCAAAGCCCGGGGCUUCUUUAAGACUGGAGAUGUGGUCAUCGUGCUGACCGGAUGGCGCCCUGGCUCCGGCUUCACCAACACCAUGCGUGUAGUGCCUGUGCCGUGAUGGGGCCUGGAGCCCCUCCUUCAGCCCCCGUCCCAUCCCCUACCCAAACCUAUCUAUUAGGCCAGCAACGCUUGUAGUGCUCAUUCAGGGGCUGUAGUGUGGCAGUGGUGGGCUGGGACACCAGGAAAGAAAGAUGAAAGUCUCUGGUGACACAUGACUGCUUUAAGACCCUGCUCAGGUCGGGUAGCCCAGAGCCUGGCUGCCCAUCACGUGGCUCCACACAAGCAAGGGAAGAAUGAGGGGUGCAGGACUGGAGGCCCCGAGCUUAUUUAAUGCAAGAGGUCAACAACUCUUCUUUGUGUACUUUGUUCAGUUCCUGUAGAAAAUGGCUGCCCAGUGAGCGCUCAGCCCUGGCCUGGGGCCAGGAGACAGCAAGAACAGGGGCCUCUGGGCAUGGGCAGUGGUUCUAGUGUAGGCAGACUGGCCCUGGCCCUUACUUGCUUCCCCAGCCCCUCGGCCUCCCUGACUCCCACCUCGUUUGUGCAUCGGGCACUUGUGUUUCCUGCGCUCUACUCCGCAGUCGCUGCAGACAAACACUCCACCCUCUACCUUUCACUUGCCCCACUACUGCAGCCACCUCCAAGCCUGUUGCUAUAGAGCCUACCUGUAUGUCAAUAAACAACAGCUGAAGCA